AUUACUUACUAAUUACACAAUACUUAAAACUCUGUGCCUAAGCUAAAUAGGACAAUUUAGCUGGGACGGAGGGAGUAUUUGUUAGGGUAAACAUGUGUAUAAUACAUGCAUUUUACUGUAAAUGUGUGAAAUACCCUGCAUAAUUUUUAUUAGGAUUUUGUGCAUAAAUAUAGAUAUUCUAUACAUUAUUUUGACUAACAUAAUGGUGAAUCAUACGGAAAAUAUAUGCAGUGUUCUUCAUAUAUUUGUGUUAGAACAUGUAAUUUUUGUUACAAACUAGAUAAGGCUGACUACUGCACACUUAAUCUAUAAGGCCCUUCAGUGUUUUUCAAGCCAUCACCUGAAACAACUUCUCAGGUCGAGCUUUGCAUGCUAUGCAAUUCUGACAACCUUCACCAAGAAAAGCUUUUAUUGUCCAAACCAGCAGUAUAAUGGCUGAUGCCCAAACCUCAUCAUUGCUCUUCACUCCUGCAUGUUAUACUUACAAUCAAACUGCAGAUCAAAUCAGCACUGUACUCAACUAUGUAGCUGAAUCUGAUGAUCUCAUUGGAGCAUCUCAGUUUGUUCAAACCAGGAUUGAGAGGUACAUUUCCAAUCCCAGAUAUUACUUCCAAGUGAAUGAAGAGUAUGUGAAGAACAAGUUGAAGGUGGUUCUGUUUCCAUUUCUGCACAAGGGACACUGGAUGAGGACAGUGGAGGGUGAUGGUGGAAAAUUGAAGUUAACAUUCAAGCCUCCGAUGGACGACGUAAAUGCACCCGAUCUCUACAUUCCGGUGAUGGCAUUCGCAACGUAUGUUCUUCUUGCAGGUUUCCUCCUUGGAUUUCAUCACAAAGGAGCAAUUUUUGGCAGGUUCAGCCCCGAAAUGUUAUCCGUGCAGUUCAACACAGGAUUGCUGUGUUGGCUGCUGCAAGUCCUACUGGUCGAAGCCACGCUACACGUCUUAGGAGGCGGCGGGGAUGUUCCGUUGCUCGAUAUCAUCGCCUAUUCCGGGUACACAUUUGUCGGGGCAAGUGUGGUCUUGGCGACGAGGUUGUUUACGAGCUCUUUGUAUCAUGCAGUUGCCUUGUUCGAGAGCUUCUGCAUGGGAGUGUUUCUGGUGAAGACGAUGAAGAGGAUAUUGAUUUCGGAAGUGCAAAGCUUCGAGAAGAAUUCGACUAAACGGAACUAUGUCUUGCUUUUCAUGGCUUCAGCUCAGAUACCGCUUUUAUUUUUAUUGGGAACAGUAGGGCUUUGAUGCUCGGUAAGUUUAGUUUUAUGUCCGGGCUUUACAAUUAGCGCUGAAAUAAUUUUAUUCGAUUCGAUAUUCGAUUUAAAAUUUGAAUAGAUAUUUGAUUGAUAAUCAAAUACUCAUUAUGAUAAGUAUUACUCAUAUUUUUGUUUUGUUC